AUGAAACUAGAAACACAACAAAAUUUGUCUAUUGAUCAUUCACGUUUUAUUUUUACGGCGAACAAAGAAAUUAUUCGUGAACUUGUUAUGUUUCCUAUGCCACCAUGGCAUUUAUCCAAUCAAGAUUUAAUUCAAUUGCCUUUGUUUCUGGCUACCGCAAUUUUUACAAGUAAAUUAUUAGAUCGUCAAUCACAACAAAAACUAUUACUGGAACAACAAAUAUGGCCAGUAGAAGCUAUUGCAAUUAAUAUUCGUCAAUGGGAGACUGCUGGAUUUUAUGAUAAACGAUUUGUUGAUUGUAAUGCAUAUACAAACAAAAGAACAUAA